AUGGCGGUGGGCUCACAAGUAUUGACGCAGUUCGCGGACGUGCACCCGGACGUCAUCGACGGCGUCGCCGCGUUCAACGUCGACGCGGCGGCGCUGUACAUGAUACCUCUGUUAGCAUCGCUGUCGUUCGCGGUGACGCAGAGCGACAAGUACGAGUAUUUACGAGAGGUGAGGAAAAUGUUUGAGGAGAGCGUGCUCCCGGCGGUGGCGCCGCUCGGCGUGCUCGGGAUUUUGGCGCUGAGUUGCGGCGCGGGUGUGGGUGAGGAAGCGCUGUUCCGUGGCUUUCUCAUGCCAUGGGUUGACGCGCGGUUGGAAGGGCUCGGGGCGGGCGCAGACGUCGCGGCGAUGGGGUCGUUGGCGAGCACUUCGCUGGUUUUCGGCGCGCUGCACGCCAUCACGCCGCAGUACGCGGUGUGGGCCACGUGGGCGAGCGUUUUGUUUUCGAUCGAGAGUGUGCGCGACGGGUUAGGGAGUGCGAUGUUUACGCACACGUUGUACGACUUUUUGGCGUUUUUGUACGUCAUAGUGUCGUGGAUGCCCGAUCGAGAAUCGGACGACUAG